AGGCGUCGGUGACGGGGUCGCCCAUGACGACGCAGACCAACGAUUGCAGCUCGUGCGACUUUCGCAUCGUCAAGAUCCCGCCUCAGGUGCACGGACCGAACGCGACCCGUCCGAUUUGGCCUGCAAUCCAGUACUUUCCUCGCUACGUCGGGUCUGCUCGCGGCGCGCCCGAGUACGACGCCAAGAAUCUACCGCGCGGCCAUUUCAACUGGUCGGUUUACGAGCCCGUGGGUAGUCUACCCCAACCGAAUACGACGUUCGGGUACAUCGAAGGCGUCUACGGCAUUCUGAACGACCACGGCCUCGGCUUUGGCGAGAGCACGUGCAGCGCCAAGCUGUGGACCAAGCCGGCGUACGACGGCGGCCAGGCACUUUUGGAUAUUGCUGAGCUGUCUCGCCUCGCGCUGGAGCGGACACAGUCGGCUCGCAGCGCGAUUGCGCUCAUGGGGUCCCUGGCCGAAACCUACGGGUACUACGGCGGGUACUGGUCGGGCGAAGACGACGACAACAAGGCCGAGGCUGGGGAGACGCUCACGAUCAUCGACGAGAGUGAAGCGUGGGUUUUUCACAUCUUGCCCGAUGACACGGGCGCGUCAGCGGUGUGGGUCGCCCAGCGUCUUCCGCCGACUGACGUUGCCGCCGUCGCCAACGCCUUUAUCAUCCACGAAGUUGACCUCUCGGACGCGACAACUUUUCUCGGAUCGGCCAACCUUCAUGACGUGGCGCGCCGAAACGGCUUUUGGGAUGGCCACUCGGUCUUUGACUUUACGCGCGCGUAUGCGCACCCACCGGCCAACCCGUGGUACUCGACGCGGCGCCAGUGGCGCGUGCUCACGCUGGCCAACCCGGCGCUCACUCUCUCGCCGCACACGGACGCCAAUGGCUCGGACUACCCCUUCUCCGUGCCGGCGGCGACUCGGCUGUCCGCGGCCGACCUCAUGCGGUUUCAGCGCGACCACUACGAAGGCACGCCGUGGGACUUGACGCAAGGCGUCGCUGCCGGCGCGUACGGCAACCCGGAUCGCUAUGAAACGGGUCACUGGGACGGCAACGAGUUUGAGCGCGCGAUUUCCAUCUUUCGCGCGUCGUACUCGUACGUUGCGUCCGUCGCCGAGAACGGCACGAGCGUGCUCUGGGUGGGUCCCUACGCACCGCACGGCACGCUGUUUACGCCCGUGUACCCAUUGGCCAGCCGCAUGCCGAGCGCCUUGGCGACAGGGUCGCUUCUUGAGUACAAUGCGUCGAGUCUUUUCUGGACCAACGCUGUCGUUGGCAACACAGCUGCCCGAUUUUACAAGUUCGCGCACCCCGUCGUCGCAGCAGUGCAAGAGGCAGUUGAAGCCGAGUUUCUCGCAGGUCUCACGCGUCUCCGAGCCACGGGGAACGCGACGGCGCUUGUCGAGCGUCUCACAAACGAAGGCGACGCCAACGUCGCCGCGGCGCAACGCGCGUUUGAAGACCUUUUCGCGACGCUCAUGACGCGCUUCCACGACGGCUACGUCGUGAGCAACUUCACCGACGCGGUGCCCGUCGUGACGCCGAUGGGAUAUCCCGACUGGUGGCUCACGGCGGCGGGCUACUACGACGGCAGCCACCAAGCGCAGUACCUCCUCGUCACGGCUUGGGUCGCGAUCGUGCUGAGUGCAGCCAUCGGGUUUUGGUUUGGCCAGCGAUCCAACCGUCACGUCGAGCGCCGUGGCUACGUCCACCUCAAGUAGACGACUUUGCCACUCGCUUUUGUGUGCGGACGAGUGCCUUGGCUUGUUUUACAGCUCGUCAACCACCAAGUUUCCCGUUCAAGUGCAUACAACUGUACAGGAAUAUGUAUGUAUGUACAAACGACCAAGUACUACGACUGCGUUUUGGCGGCGCGGGGCAGAAAGUACAUGGUGAG